UGUAGACUUGUAACCCUACGAACGGCAAUUAAAUCAAUUAAUAACCAGUUGUUUGUUGACUCAAUUCUCACAACACACCUUACCUAACCUUACCCUAUAUUAUAUUUCCGAUUCAUCAUUAUAUAUAAAUUCAUCCGGAUUCCAUUCCAGUAAUUACUCCAUGGACUCCUCUUCAUCCAAUAAAGACGCAAAGACGGAGUCGUUGGAUGCUCCGCUGCAUGCAAUCGGCUUCCAGAUCGAUGAGUUGUCGCCGCAUAAAGUUACCGGUCGUCUUCCCGUCACUCACAAGGCUUGUCAGCCGUUCAAGGUGUUACAUGGCGGAGUAUCGGCGCUAAUAGCGGAGGCAUUGGCAAGUAUGGGAGCACACAUGGCGUCAGGGUGGAAGAGAGUGGCCGGAUUACAAUUAAGCAUCAAUCACCUGAGGCGUGCUGACCUAGGGGAUCUCGUAUUCGCUGAAGCAACUCCAAUCCACGCAGGCAAAACGAUUCAGGUAUGGGAGGUGAGGCUGUGGAAGAUUGAUCCUGUAAAUUCAGAAAAAAAGUCACUUAUAUCAUCAUCAAGAGUUACUUUGAUUACUAACUUGCCUGUUCCCGAAGAUGGCAAAGAUGCGGCUAAAUAUCUAAAGAAGUAUGCUAAAUUAUGAGCACGGUAACGCUAAAGAGACACCACCCCUAAAUCUCUAUACCAGCAUGUCUAUCGCAUCAUGCUACCCAUAUCACAUUAUACCGCCCGUAUGAGAUGUCAUUAAUAUCUAGAUAUUGUGUUUGUUACUGGUGUUUCUUUAGCCAACCCCUAAUUAUAUCCCAUAAAAUGUAUGUAGAUGUGUCAAACUAGUUGUUAAUAUGCUCCGAAUUGGAUGAGCAUCUUCUUUCAAAUGAAUAAAACUAUAAAAGAAAUUA